AUGGAUGAUUACAAACAACUAGGACCAGGAAUUUUUUCAUGCUCUAGGAAAUUUCCAUUUUUAACAACGCGUCUACAACAAUAUGGCAAGUCAAUCAACGAUUUACUUCAGUAUGACGAAGCUUCUGACCAUGCACAACUAGCGCGUCUUGUUGAUAGACCAAUGAAAGAAAUCAAUGAUUACUAUAGAAAUCUUAAAAAGGAUUUGCAAGUCGAUCCUACGUCAGUGAAUAGCUUAUUGGAUUCGGAGUUUAUUAGCACGGGUCUACCAAGUAUUGAUCGAGAACUAGGUGGGGGUAUUCCAAUUGGAGAAGUAACAGAAAUAUUUGGUGCUAGUGGCUGUGGGAAAUCACAUUUUCUAUUUCAACUACUAUCCAAUUGUGGUAAAGAAUUCCCAACUAGCAAAAACAUAUAUAUAUCGACUGAAUCAUUUUUAGAAACCAAGAGAUUAAAAGAUUUCAUAGGAAGAAACUCGUCUAAUAUUGACACUGAUUUGGAUCGGAUAUCUUAUAUAUAUUGUCAAGAUUUGGAAAGUCAAGAUCAUAUUCUAUUUACCCAAUUGCCAUUGAAAUUGGAUUCAGACAAGGGGAAGACAAAAUUAUUAGUGUUAGAUUCUAUUGCACAACAUUUCCGGAGAGAAGAUUCUAUUAUGAACUCGACGUAUUUAAAAGAAAAAUUAGAAGUGCAGGAAGGAGAGAUAGCAGACGAUAGACUGUUCCAAGAAGUGAAAAGGAAACAAAUGAAUCAAUUGCGAAGAUUUAACAAGUCACAGAAAUAUGCUUCGCGAACAGCCAAGUUGUAUUAUAUCUGUCAAUUAUAUCAACACUUGUCUAGAUUAGCCCAAGACUUUAACAUUGCUAUUGUGAUAGUAAACCAGGUUAGUGAUUAUUCUUUUGAAUCAUCUGGAUCAUUCACUGAGGCAGAGGCGGGAGAACUUGAUUAUCCAUUGAAUUUGGAUUUCCAAACUGCCGUGUCUUCUGGAUGGGAUAGUAGGACCAUAUACAAUAGUAUUCCUACGGCUAAUAUAACUUUGAAAAACGAGGAAAUCGAGAAUUUGGAAAUGGAGUUGGCAAAGUCGCUUGAAGAGAGAAGUCCUAAUAAACGUCAAAAACUCUCCAAUACCAGCUCCCCACAAAAGCAGGAACACAACUUGAAUCCUCGUGAAAGGUUAGAAAGACAGAAAUCUUUAAUUUCCAAAUCGCAUGAGAUGAGGAAUAGAGGUUCAAAAAAGAUUGUCCCUACAUUAGGUUAUCCAUGGGCAACAAGGAUCAAAAAUCGAAUCAUGUUAUCCAAGGUGUACAAGCCUAUAUUGAAGUCGAAUAUGGAUGGUGACAUUGUGAAUGAUGACCAAUCUUUACAGACUAAUAGUAUACACGACAAAAGGUCUAGUGCAGAACUAUAUAAACUGUUUGUUUCCAUUGAUGGCUGGCAAGUUGAAAGGUUUGCAAAAGUGGUUACAUCUACGCAUGGCUACAAUCCUAAUAGAUUUAAAAGAUACAGAUUUAUAAUAAAUUCACAAGGGUUAGCAGAAGUAUAA